AAGACAAAAAGAAGAAAGAACAAAUCUACAAAUCAGAAAUUAGAGCAUAAUCCAAGAUGAUUGAAGAGACGACCAAUAUUCCAUGUUUCCCUAAUACUAAUCCACAAAACCUACCAUUAUAUGCACCUAUUCAUCAUAAUCUUGAUCAUAUGAUUUCUUCUUCAGUUCAUGUUUCAGAUACAUCUUCUUUAAACCAUUCUGAUCAACCAAGUAAUUGUUUCCUUUAUAAUUUAUCCCUUCUGAAAGAAAAGGUUGAUCAAAUUCAAUCACUUGCCACCAUGUUUAUUUCUACUGAUAACCAAACAAUAGUCCAAACAUCCGAGUCAACGUCUAUGGCCAUUGCAAAUAUGGGAAGUUUGAUUCAAGAAAUCAUCACAACUGCAUCCUCUCUCAUGUUUUCUUGCCAGAAGAUUUUCCUUGGCUCGACUUCAGCCACCAAUAAUAUUAAUUCAAGUAGAUUUCUUGAACCAUCUCAAAUCAAGCUUCAAGAUAAUGGCCAUGUUGAUCCUUUGCCUCAAGGUUUCUACUCGAACGAAACGCUUGAUCAUUGGUAUGAAGAAAAUUAUGCUUCUUGUAGUAAUAUUGAAGAUAACAAAAGUCAUAGUACUAUUAUAGCAAUUACCGAUCAUAGUAGUGUUCAAUUGGGAAAAAGGAAAUUCAAGAAUGAAGGAAUGCAAAAUAUUUCAUCACAAGAAAAUUGUGAUAUUAUUGAGUUGGAUGCAGCUGAUUUAUUGGCUAAGUACACACACUAUUGUCAAAUUUGUGGAAAAGGAUUUAAAAGGGAUGCUAAUUUGAGAAUGCACAUGAGAGCUCAUGGAGAUGAAUACAAGUCUAAUGCUGCUUUAAGUAAUCCAUUGAAAAACAAUGGAAAUGAUGGAUUAUCAAAAUUGAGUAAGAAAUAUUCUUGCCCACAAGAAGGUUGCAGGUGGAAUAAAAAACAUGCCAAAUUUCAGCCAUUGAAAUCAAUGAUAUGUGUCAAGAAUCACUACAAGAGAAGUCAUUGUCCCAAAAUGUAUAUGUGUAAUAGGUGCAAUAAGAAGCAAUUUUCUGUGUUAUCUGAUCUUAGAACUCAUGAGAAACAUUGUGGUGACCUCAAAUGGCAGUGCUCAUGUGGUACUACUUUUUCAAGGAAAGAUAAGCUUAUGGGACAUGUUGCUUUAUUUGUUGGACAUACUGCAGUUAUAAAUUCCUUGGCCAAGAUGGGAAAAUAUGAGCAGAAUAAUGUUCAGUAAAGUUCAAUACAGGAUAGGUAAAAGAGGAAGUUUGGCGGUGGCAUCGCUCGUGGCAGCUAAUGACGGGUGCGUCGUGCAAGUGGUGCGAGGGGCGUAUCUAGGGGGGGUUCCAUGGGGUACGUGAACCCAUGCUCCCCUCCCUAAAUCAUGUAUAGUAAUAUUAUAUUUUCUCAAAAAU